AUGCUAAGAGCAACAUAUGAACAUAUUAUUCAUGUAGAGUCAUUUAAAAAUAUUGAUCUCUUCAAUCAAGGACUCUAUUACUUAAGAUUUAUGAUUAAAUCUAAUGGUGAAUAAGCUACUCCUUAUAAUUAUUUUGAAACCAAUAAUAAUAAGAAAAAAGAAUCAUGGUAACCAAGUUAGAUUGAUGAAUAAUACUUUUAAACUAGAACAUUUAUGAUAAGAUUUCAAGAAGAAGAAGUAGAGAUAGAUGAAAGUUGCAUAUUUAAAAUUGAAGUGUCAGCAUCACCACAUUAUGAACAUGAAUUCAAAUUAAUAUGUGAAUUGAUGUGUGCAGAUUUAGCCAAAAUUGGAGGUCCUCCAAAUGAAGAAUCACUUUUUAAGUGUGUGGCUACCUUUUAAGGACGAAUUUGUAAUUCAUAUAAGGGAGUACAUGAAUAUGUUCCUAUAAUGUUUGAUAACAAUCAUUUUUGUUAGGUUCAUUGUACUGUGAAUUCUAACCUUUAAGAUUUUAAGUUUAGAUUAAGUGAAUUUCAAAAAGCAAAUAGCUCUAGAAUAUCAAUUUAACCAAAAACAUUUACAGAAUUCCUUCAUAAACACACUAAUAAAUUUACUAAGAGUUAAGAAUUCUUUGAUUAUUAUAUUGGAUAAUUAAGAUUAACAAGUGAAUCACUUUAAUAAUAAGUGGCUAAACUUUGUGGUUAACUAAAAUUAUAUGAGGAAUUAUCAAAAUUACCUACUAUUCCUAAAUUCUCAUAUAUUCAAUAUUAAGAAUCUUCAAUUAUAAAAGAGAAUAUUAAUACAAAAGGUAAUAUAUUAAUUUCUGAUGUAUUAAAUUUAAAAAAUAUUCGUGAUCAAAAUCUAUUAUCUACUCUUAUUGAAAAUGAUAUUAAUUAAUAUUCCUCUGUACUUUUUGAAUUACAAAAUUUAUUAAUUAAUAUAAUACAAAACAAUUCAAAACAAUAUAGAAUAUUAUUAUAAUAAGACUAUCAAGUUAAAAUAAAAGAUAAAUGGGGAGAAACAUAUUUUAGAGAAGUUAUUAAAUGUAAUUCCUUUUCAAAUGGUACUUUAUGUCAAAAAUAACAUCAAGAUGUUAGUGAUCAAAUAAGAAGAAAACCUAUUAUAAUGGAAUAAUAAUUAGAUAUAAUAGAUGAAUGUCUAUUCUCUGAUUAAAAAUAGGCAACAGUUUUAUUUGAAGAAAUCUAUUAAAUUAGUUAACCUUUAAUAUAAUAAGAAUAAAUCUUGCAUUUAAUUGUUUUGGUACAUGGAUUUCAAGGAAAUUCUUUGGAUAUGAGGUUGAUUAAGAAUAAUCUAUAAUUAGAAUAUCCAAAUCAUCAUUAUUUAAUGAGUAGAGCAAAUGAAGAUUUGACUGAUGGUAAUCUCUCUGAUAUGGGUUAAAAUUUAGCUUAAGAAGUCAAAUAAUAUAUUAUAGAUUGGGUAAAGAAUAAUCCUUUUCGUAUCAGUUUUCUUGGACAUUCAAUGGGAGGAGUUAUUGUUAGAGCUGCCUUACCACAUUUGAGUGAAUUCAAGAUAAAUAUGAAUACAUAUAUAUCAUUAUCAAGUCCACAUCUAGGAUAUGGUUAUAAUAAUAGUUUACUAAUUGAUGCUGGAUUAUGGUUUCUAAAAAGAAUGAGAAAAUCAGUAUCUUUAUAAUAAUUAGCUAUGACUGAUGCUGAAUAAAUAGAAAAUACAUUUCUUUAUUAGUUAUCAAGAUAAGAUGGUUUGAAUUGGUUCUAGAAUUUAUUAUUUGUUAGUUCAGCUUAAGAUUCAUAUGUUCCAUUUGAAAGUGCUAGAAUAUCUAAGAAUUUUGAAAGAAGUGAUUAAGUAUUAUUGAUCAUUAAUAUAAUAAGAAUUCUCGAAAAUAUGAGAAAAUGGUUGAUAACAUUUUCAAAGGAAUGAGAGCAACAUAAGUGAGAAGAUUAGAUGUUAAUUUUGUUUUAAAUGAGUAAGAAUAAAAAUAUUUUAUUAAUUAGAAAUCGAACAAUUGACAAUAUGAUUGGUAGAUCAGCUCAUAUAAUGUUUUUAGAAAAUCAAUAAUUAUUAAGGAUGUUAGUAACUUGUGUAGAUGAUAUUUUUAAUUGA